CGUAUCAAAUAAUAGCUACAGAACCACAGUGUUAGUACUAAACACUCGAUUGUCUGGGAAUGUCCAUUGUCUACUGUAGUAUGACCUAAGUAGUUUUAUUUAGUAGCUUUUUCCCAUUAACUAUGGCUAAUGUCACAACAUUAAUAUUUAUCCUUGGAGUGUUGUUGCCGUUUGUAAGCGCCAGUGACAUCAUUGAUUUGUCCUGCGAAAAUGAUACCGACUGUGAUAUAUUCAGAAACGACGCGGCAAACCCCACGUGCGUUGCUAACCAGUGCCAUUGCGUAAAUCCGAUAUCUGGUAAUAAGACGUCUUGCAAACCCACGAUUUCGAAAGCAUCCAAUCAAAUAGGCGGAACUUGUCCAUGUAUUGCGGAAAACUCCUAUUGUCACGAAAAAACACAACGCUGCGUGUGCAAGGAAGGAUUUCAGCGAGGCAGAGAGGGGAAAAAGUGUAUCAGCAAGUCCGUUUCGUUGGGAAAACCAUGCGAGAUCGACGAGCAGUGCCUGCAAAAUGAUCAUUUCUCACAUUGUGACGACAUACAGCAUAACUGUACCUGUUCGAACCACUUCGUGAUAUACAUGGACACGUGCCAUUCGAUCAUCGCCACUGGGAACGCAUCCUGCGAACAAGAAACGGAUUGUUCCGGACAGGUAGCUAAUUCCGUGUGCCACGAAAAGCAGUGUAUCUGUGGUAAAGGAUUUGUAGCCAACGCGGAAAAUACGACCUGUCUGACGGUGGCUCAGUACGAAGAAGCUUGCUCAGAUUCGAACCAGUGCAUAGCUCAACUUGGCGUCGGUUCACUUUGCAACGACGGCAAAUGUAUCUGCAAUGAGCAAUACUUCCCAUUUACUGUUCAAACUCACAACAAUGCAACGGCCGAACACAAACUAACGAAUGUUUGUACGCGAAAAAUCACCCACGGUUCAAGUUGUAGCGAGAGUAAGGAUUGCUACCAGUUCCACAGAGGUCCUCAUGAACAAAAUAUGGAGUGCUUCAUGGGGGAGUGCGUCUGUUCUUCAGGAAGUUACGAGAAGGGCGGUGUUUGUAUCAGUUACAGUUCGGCAUCAGCGCACGUCUUUUCACCAAUGUUGAUAUUCCUAAUUCUAGCAGUUACAUUCCACGUCACAAAAUUAGUCGUAUAAACUUAAUCUAAAUAAUUAUUCAUGUUGUUAUUCGCUUGAUGCAUUCUAAAUAUAUGUCAGACAUACACUUUUAAA